GGUUUGCUCAUCACAGACCUCAGCUCCUGUUGAAAUCGGCGGAAUCAGCUGACGGAUUUGAGUUUUUCACAGGUCUUGGUCCUCCUCGAAAUUUACUGUAUUGUACGAUGGAACAAAAUACAGUCCGGAAAGCAGAGCUGGGCUGCAGCAGGUUUUGUUGAGACUAUGGGAAGACUGCCGACUGAGUGAAAUGGAAAAGUUCUGCGUGCCACACCACGUCUGCAGAAGGGCGAAAAUUUUUCUCUGAAACAAUUGGCAUGAACAGUUGAUGAAAAUGACAGAUUUUCAUCUGCAAAGUUUUUUAUGGACCUACGACCUGCAAGUCGCCUGUUUCUCCUGCGCCAUAAAAAAAAAUGAGAUCACGUUUGAAAUCAGGACUGUGAAACAUCAGUGUGCAGGAAGCGUGUUACUUGCCAGGCAGAGAGGCAGCGGAAAUGCAUGGAAGCACAUAUCUCGCCGUCCAGAGUUCCCUGUCCCAUAUAAAUAUGAGGUGUGCUGGUUUUUCAAGAUUGGACAUGGAUGUCAGAAACACGGGAACAGGUGCACAUUUGCCAGGAGUGAAGAAGAAGCCGCUGUCUGGAAUUUCCAAAAGGCCAGACAACUCAGCUACAGUACGUUGGCAGAAAUGGUCAAAGCAAUUCAAGUUCCUGUGGAUCAGAGGGCUCAACUGAAGCAGCUAGGUGUGGCCGAAAAAAUCAGAGCUAAUUUUAACGGCCAAUUCCUAGAGGUGUGUGAAGACUGCUUGUAUAGCAGUCCCCAGCAGAUCAGUCUCAGGGGUCAGAUGAUGGUCUGUAAUUCCUGCUCCAAGCACGCUUGGAAGCCAGUGCUGGUACAUUUUCAAACAGGAGAACAUGGCAAGGCAGUAUUUCAUGAAAUCAGGCCUCUGCCAGCCUCUACCACCCUGCAAUACUACAGGUAUGUCAUCAAUGGUGAACCUUGCUGGCACGGACAUCGGCGAUGCUGGUUUGCUCACAGUGAAGUUGAAAUGGCUGUGUGGGUGGCAGAGGCCAAGGAAGGCCUUAAGCGCCCCAACUUGCUCAGGCAGCCCCAGAGACAGGUGGCGCCGACGCAAGCACAGGCACCAGCAUCACCUCCAGCUCAGACCUAUUACUGCAAGGCCUGCUGUCUGAAAUUCUCCUCCAAGGACAGCUUCAUGAACCACUGCUCUUCCCUCGACCACGCCAGGAUGAUCAGCGAGGACAGAGGGACAGAGUGGAGACACCGCCCCCCGCCUGGAAACCUAACCCAGGGGUUUGAGCUUUGCAGCAGGCCCGAUACCUGUGAGUACGGACAGAACUGUGUUGCAGCUCAUUCCACAGAGGAGCUGCAGGAGUGGAUCCUGAGGACCCGGUCGGCUCAGAAGAGGAUGAGGGCUGCACAGGAGCAGGGCCUUCUGUCGUAUCAGGACCUGCUGCUGAAGGAGUACAGGAGCAGUGGCAACGAAGUGCACAUUAUGUCCAGCUGUGUACCUGGGGUGUCAGUCACCUGUAGUGAGGAUUUGACCAUGAGCUCCAAGGAAGACCAUUUGGAAUGGAAGUGGACUUUCCAUGUCGAAUCAGAGAGACCCCUGGUGCACGUCGCCUUGCUGAAACACGAACAAGGAGCCGUUUUUACUCUGGGUGACAUCUGUCCUGAAGGCCCUUGUACUUACGCCACAGGGAACACGUUCUGCACAUCCCACAUGAGCUGCGACGUCCCCGUCACUUUCAAAUCUCUCAGCCCGGGCUUCUACGAGCAGUGGGUGGUGUUCGACUUUGACAUGAGACCCGUGCUGCUGCAGAAGCUCCGGGUGCGAGUGGGUCAGCGGAGCCCGACUCCCCCUGCGGAGACGCCCGAGGGCAGCGGGCCCUGUGGCCAGAGCCUGGAGCGCUGGCACCGUGGGAACAGGAUGAUCGUGCCCUGCCUGGAGAGGACUGAGGCAGAGGAGAGUCUGCUGAAGGAGUACAAGCCGCCUCAGCUGAACCUGCGGUACAAACCCAGAGCAGAGGGAACUGAGCCCCUUACGAGGGAGAACUACAGAGACGGAAUGCACUCCUUCCUCUACAGAGAAGAGCUGGCCCAGGAGGAGCUGUUAGAGAGGUUGAGUCUGAAAGUGACAGUGACGCUAAUGGAUACGUCUGGGAAAAAGCAGGACAGAACCAGAGAGCGUUCUGCAGAAGUCCCGGUUCCUUAUGCACUGACACCUGAUACUGUUAAUGGCUAUUUGCUCAGAACUGCAGUUCAGUCUGCUCUCCUAGCUCCGUCUCACCCGACAGACAACAAGGUGUACGAAGCGGUCAUCUCUUGGGAAGCAAGCAGUGAGAAUACAAUCUUCCUCCAUCUUUCCAAGCGGUGCUGCUCAGACCUCGGUCUCCUGAAGGACACAACCCGUGAGAUGGAGGUCCAGUUUCAGCUGAACCGUCUCCAGUUCUGCGAGUGGCAUCAGGCUGUCGACCUCCUUCCAGAUGUGGGGAUAGUGCUGCCAGAUGUGACGGCCUGCUCUGUGCCAGUGCACAGCGGGACAUUCUCCAAGCUCAAUGCAAAGCAGAGCGCAGCCAUGGCUUACAUCAUUGGGGACACAGAUGGAGUCAGACCUGUGGCGCCACUGCUGAUAUAUGGACCAUUCGGAACUGGGAAAACUUACACGCUGGCCAGUGCAGCCAUGGAAAUUGUCCGCCAGCCUGAUACCAAGGUUCUUAUCUGCACCCAUACAAACAGCUCUGCAGAUAUAUACUUAAAGGACUAUUUCCACACUUGGGUGAAUGCUGGGAACACUGUACCUCUGAGGAUAAAGUCAAACAAAAGAGGUGUAGCUGUGAGUGCUACUAACCACAUCACUCUCAGGUACUGCCUACUCUCAGAAGACGGCGAGUCAUUCAUUUUCCCGGACAAGAAGACAUUAGACUCUCGCAGGAUAGUCGUAACCACCACCAUGACAGCCAGGCGAUUCCAAGCCCUGAAGCUCCCUCCCGGCUACUUCACCCACAUCCUGAUAGACGAAGCCUCCCAGAUGCUGGAGUGCGCUGCGCUGAUGCCCCUGGCUCUGGCUGGGGAGGGGACCCGAGUGGUGCUCGCUGGAGACCACAUGCAGAUGGGCCCCAAGCUGUUCUCGGAGGAAGAGGGCCGGCACUCUGACCACACUCUGCUGAAUCGCCUCUUCCACUUCUACCAGGGGGAGACGCACGAGGUGGCCUCGAGAAGCAGAAUCAUCUUCAAUGAGAACUAUCGCUCCACGAGAGAGAUAGUGGAGUUUGUGUCGACUCACUUCUAUGUAGGGAAGAGCGAUGCCAUCAAAGCCAAGGGGGAUGUUCCCCCUCAUCCUCAGUUCCAUCCGCUGAUGUUCCAUCAUGUCCGCGGGAGUUGCCACUGGGACAGAAUCACCUCAUCCUAUUUCAACUGCGAGGAGAUUGACCAAGUAGCGGAAAUAGUCCAAAGCCUUCUCCAUAACUGGCCAUCACAGUGGGGGGAUCCAUCACAAAGGACAAUUUGUGUUGCUUCAGAGGGAAAGCAGCAGGUGGAUUUCAUCAGGCAGAAACUGCGAAGCAAAAAACUGGGAAAAAUUACAGUGGAGAAUUUGUUGAACAUACAAGGGAGGCAGUUCAGAGUAGUCGUGAUGACGACCAUUCAGACCCGAGACAGCCUGCUGUCUUUGAGCUCAGCCACUCUGGAGUUCUUCAACGAGCCGCGAGUGCUGAACACUGCCAUGACCAGAGCGCAGUCCCAGGUCAUUGUGGUUGGAGACGCGGCAGCUCUGUGCUACUUCGGGAAGUGCUCUAAGAUCUGGAGGAGCUACAUAGCGCAGUGCAUCGAGAAGGGCAGUGCUUUCCCACAGCACCUCACCAUGGAGCACAUUGACCAAGAAGUGAAGGAGACAGCAAGAUUCAACAGAACAGGAGAGGAAGACAUCAGUGAUACAGAAUCCGUUGAUUCAGACCUCUCUGACAUUGACGACCCAAUUUUGCUGGAGCUUCUGGACGAGAGCAAAGACAUUAGGGUGACUGUCACAAGUGAAGGGCUUUUGGACAUUGUUCAAAAUAAUUACUUCACUGGAAGUGGUGAAUAUCAAAGGCCUGAAGAAGAACCGCCUUUCGAUUACACUGAGUCCUCUCUAGAGACAUUACUGAGAGACAACCCAAGUGAAUACAAACAUUGUGAACUGGUACUGGAAAGAUACGAUUCAGGUUAUGCCUGGCCUCUAGACCAACCAACAUUGCAUAUCAAAAUCCAAGGGAAAAAGAAUAUUGGCAGAGCUUUUCCUGGGGACCAGGUUAUUGUGAAGAUAAUAAGCAAUGAAAACAGCCUUCCUUCUGGGAAAGUAGUAGGGGUACUAAAAGUGGCUGACCAUUCAAGGGUAUUUGUUUGUACCAUUGAACAUUAUGAUAAACAAGUGAUGACACCCAUUAACAUAUGCAUUCCCAAAAUAUACACUCCAUUUUUCCAGAAGAAACCUAAUGUUAUUGCAGUAAGGAAAUAUGAAAAUGGGAUGUGGAUUAAGACAAAAUGCAUAAAGAUAAAUGAGGAAUCAAAAAUGAACAACCUUUUUGUUGUCCAAGUCUUAAAAUGGCGCAACAACUUUAUUUAUCCCCUGGGAGUUGUUAAAGAAGUCCUUCCUAGAGUGACAUCCCUAGAGGGUGGCUUAAAAGUUCUAGACAUAGAAUAUCAGCUGACUAGAAAUCCUCCCUCUGUUCAGGAUGAACUUGCCAAGUUUGAGGAUUUAAGGCUGGAUGGAAAAAACAGAAAGGAUUAUCGUGAGUACACAACCUUCACCGUUGAUCCAAAGAAUUCUGAAGAUCUGGAUGAUGCAAUUAGUGUAAGAGAUUUGGGAAAAUGGUUUGAAAUUGGUGUUCACAUUGCGGAUGUUGCAAGCUUCGUCACCAAGGAUUGUCCCAUAGAUAAAGAUGCCAGAAGACGUGGAAUGACAUACUAUUCCCCUGGAAAAGAGCCUGUGUAUAUGUUUCCAAGGUCACUGAGUAUUAAGGAUUUCAGUUUGCUUCCCAACUCUAAUCGUCACACUAUAUCUUUGAUGGUAACUGUUGAUAAGAAAACUGAGAGGAUUGUGGAAAGCAGCUUCACAUUUUCAGUGAUAAGAUCAGAUAGAAAAAUAUCUUACGAGGAAGCAGAGGAGAUUAUCCAGAAGUACUCUGGAAAUGAGUACAGGUUCAAUACUGUGGAAGACUGCCUUGCUGUAGCUUACCGCUUUUCAAGGGUUCACAGAAAAAACAGAUUGUUGGGAGACUGGUACUAUGAGUCACUAGAUGAGGACGUGAAUCCAGGAGAAAGAAGGUCCCAUGAGAUGAUCAAGGAGCUCAUGAUAAUGUUCAACUGCACAGUAGCAGAAUUUCUUAUAAGCAACACUGUAACAGCAAAAGUCACUCCUAUUCGUUGUCAGAAUACUCCCCAUCCUGAGCAAGUUUAUGAGUUUCAGAGUAAAUACACCUCCUUCAUACCCUUAUCUAUUCACCUCUCCUACCAUUUCAAAGUGAAUAAACGUCUUGCCAGUGAAAACAGGCCCACUAUGAACCAGGAAUCCAAUCCUACACACCAGACUGUGGGUAGGAUCGUCAUGACAGAGUCAGAAAAAAGCAUCUCCCAGCACUCCAGUUCUGCUGUUGCUGAUGAUAUGUGCUGUAUAUUGACAUCUUUGUGGACAGAGCUUAAAUCUGCAGUCCGAAACAGGGAUUUGGAUAAAAUUAUUGAUUUGAUUGCAACUGAUGACAUCCACCCCUGGCUGCUUCCUGUGUUAUUGGAGUUCAGGAAGCUUCUCAGCAAGGCUUACAUCAUUCGAUCCAACUCAACCUAUCAUUCCAAAGUUGGCCACUACAUCAUGCAGCUUGACUCUUACACCUGGGCCUCGUCUCCCAUACGGCGCUACAUGGAUGUCAUUAUCCAGCGACAUCUCCAUGCGGUACUCAGAAAUACAGCAGCCCAGUACACCGUCAAAGAAAUUGAUCUGUUUUGUGCAGAAUUUCCUCAGAAGCAUGAGAAACAAGUGAGCUACAGCAAGAUUGUCCAGAGCCUGAAUCUGGCAUCCAAACUGAAGAGUCAAACCAUACAAAAGGUAGCAUUUGUAGUUGAGGUCUUUCCAACGGGGAACAGUUUCAAGGUUUCUUUUCCUUUAAACCACUCUUCACUACCCCACCUACACUCUGUAAGCUACAGGGACUUACAGCUAGCAUCCCAGCCAAUGUAUGAUGACCAAAGUCAAUGCAUGAUUUUGGUAUGGAGCCAAAGAGUGUACUCCAUGCAAAAUUCCAAAAUUCACUCCGAGAUCCAGCAGCAGCGUCCCAAUACAUAUUUAACACCAGUGUUAACAGAUACGUGGCAACAGAUUGUUUCUGCCCUUAGGACAGGAGACUGGGAAAGGGUACUCAGUUUGUUUGAGAACAUUAAUUCAGGCGUCAAUAAGGUCAACUGUAACCAUACAGAGACACCUGGCAGAGAGUUAAGGGUUAUGCCAAAUUUUGCCCAAUUUCCUGAAAAUACAGAGAAGCACUAUGCUGAACUCUCUCUAAAGCUGAAGACUGGGGGCAUAUUGCAGGUGCAGUUGGGCACAGACACAAAGCGAGGUAUGCUGGUGCCUCAAAUACAGUUGUUAAUUAUCCAUCCAAAGUUUGAGGUUUGUCUUGAGCACGCAAGGAACCCCAUAGAGUGUUUCUCUGAAUAUGCCAUACGAGCAUCGAAGCAGCAAUAUGUCGAUUACUUGGAGUAUCAGAGGGUCUGGAAGCCUCUAUGUGAAAUGGAAUCAGCCUUCAAUGCCGUGGCGGAAAACGACAGCAUCGUCUUUGAAGAUACAGCUGUACAAUGGAAAAUGAAAUCGAAGUCUGACAAACUAGAAGGAUUCUUCCAGCUAACACUGGCUCACAAAAAGCUGUGGUGCGUCGAGUGUGAUCUGAGAAAGUGCUUCUUAUGCAUCAGAGUGAGGGACCAAUCUCGAAACUCCAGAGAAAACCAGUUUGGACUGGAGUCCUCCGGACAUGCUCCUCUGUCGGAUCAAGUGGAUCCCAAAUUCUUCACAUGGGUGGCUCAUGGGGUAACUACCAAAAUCACCGAUGAAGAGGAGUCAAAGAAACUUUCUUAUAUUCAAAUAGACUUCUACAUCAACCAUGUGCCCAUGAAGAAUAUUCCCGACAGCAUAUUCCAGAAAGGCACAGCAUUCACAGUGGAGCUGAUUCCAAAGCUACUACCUGAUGUCCGCAAAGAAGACGCAGUCUCUAACCUUGCACGUGCUAAUGAACUUGUCAAGAACAUCAUACUGGGAAAGAAGACACUUCCUCAUGGGGCUGGUGUGGUAAGACUCAGACACCAGCAUUUUCUGAUUGAGGGCUUUGGCUCACUGGGGCUGCCUCAUCUGAACGAAAGCCAGAACAUAGCAAAAAGGAAAGCUCUUGAAAACCCGUUCACUCUCAUCCAGGGUCCCCCAGGAACUGGGAAAACUGUGGUGGGAGUCCAUAUCGUUUAUUGGUUCUUUCAGCAGAACAAGGACAGGAGAACCCCAAGGAAGACCAAAGAAACUGAGGGAACACCAGUGAAGAAGGACUGCAUUUUGUACUGUGGGCCCUCUAACAAAUCUGUGGAUGUUGUUGCUGAAUACCUCCUGAAGUUCCAAAGCAUGCUCAGACCCCUCCGAGUGUACAGUGACCAGAUGGAGAUGCUGGAGUUUCCAUAUCCAGGCAGCACCUUGAAACUCUCUCGCAAAUCUCUCCGUGAAGAAAAGCCAAAGGAAUCGCUUAGGUCCAUCAGUCUACAUCAUUUAAUAAGGAUGCCAGGCAAGCCAUACGCAGAUCAGAUCCUGAGGUUCGAUGUAAGAAUACGAAGUGGAGACAACCUCACAGAUGAAGAAGUAGAUACUCACAAAAAAAUACUGAACGCGGCCCGUCAGCAGGAGCUGGAGAACCAUGAUGUCAUCCUUUGUACAUGCACUGCGGCCUCCAAUCCCAACUUUACUCAGAAACUGAACCCGAGGCAGAUUUUAAUCGACGAGUGUGCCAUGGCAACAGAGCCAGAAGCCCUCAUACCCUUAGUGGCACACAAGCCGGAAAAGAUCGUGCUACUCGGCGACCACAUGCAGCUCAGGCCCAUUGUGCACAGCGAGCUACUGAAGAGACUGGGCAUGAAGAAGUCACUGUUCGAGCGCUACAUGGACAAAGCCCUGAUGCUUGACACGCAGUAUAGAAUGCAUGAAGAUAUCUGUGAAUUUCCAUCCAAGGAGUUUUAUCAUGGCCUUCUGAAAACUGGCACUAAACGCAAAGGCAGUGUUCUUCUGGCAGGCCGGAGAGCCACCUCUAUCCUUUUUGGCCACGUGGAAGGGAAGGAGAUGAGCCUCAUCGUCUCUACGGAGCAGGGGAACGAAAACUCCAAGGCAAACAUGGAGGAAGCCGAACAGUGUGUCCGUAUUGCCAGGCUGUUAACGAAACAUUCCAGAAUUCAACCUGACCACAUUGCUAUUCUGACACCGUACAAUGCUCAGAUAUCAAAAAUAAAUGAGCUCCUUAAGAAAAGUGAAAUAUACAAUGUCACAGUCAGCACCAUCAUGAAAAGUCAAGGGAGUGAGUGGCGUUACGUGAUUCUCUCUACUGUGCGCUCCUGUCCCUCCUCAGAGCUAGAGACUGAACCUACCAAAGCCUGGCUCACAAAGACUCUGGGGUUUGUCAUUGAUCCCAACCAAGUCAAUGUGGGCAUCACUCGGGCUCAGGAAGGAUUCUGUGUCAUAGGAAACAAAGAUUUACUGACCUGCAGUGCACUUUGGAAGAGAUUGAUAGACCAUUACCAGCAGAAGAACUGUGUUAUGGAUGCAAACGACAUCAGAGUACAGAAUACCAGUGCUCAUUAAUCAAGCAUUAAUCAAGUUCACCAGUAAAUCUUUGAAGUAUGAUGCCUUAUGAAUCAACAAACAAACUAAAUAUGUGCUUGUGCCAAGGAAAACAUUUAUGUCACAGAAUUUAUGACGGCUAUUUCCAGGAUAAGCCAUCGAUGAAGAUCCAGGAUGAGAAUGUUUGAAGUGUAUCCCACUCUACACCUGUGGUCCUCAGUUCUUUCCAAAAGGAUAUUUUUAAGGAUAAAGGAUACUUUUCAGAGAUGAUUUUAGACAACACAAAGUAAUUUUGGAAAGGCAACUUCAUGUAACAGACAAGAACCUUUCUUCCAUUAUAACUUGGCUCACAAUAGAGUUUUCAACUCACACCUGAAGAAGGCUUCACAGCUAAAACGUUGUGUUUUCUCUCUCCUCUUUUCAGCAUGGAAUAAACCUUUUACUUGUUCUUUUGCAGAGUUUUCAACUCUGACUUGUCAGUUUCAUAGUUCACAUGCAAUAUCAGAUCUUGUUAUUCAGGAACUUGUGCAACUCUGCCUAUGUAUAUAAAAGACUGAGUUUCAUUCUAAAAUAAUGUAUCUUAUAGUUAGAUUUUAUCAAUAAAUAAGGAUUUUUGUAAACUAUAUGUUAGAAAGAAAGCUGUGUAUUAUUUUUUUACAUUUUUUAUCUUGAACCAAAUAGUGAUAUUGUCUUAUUUUACUCAAUAAUGUUUUUAAGGCACCUAAGUUUAAUACCUGUGAUGUUCCUGUCUGGUAUAUAUGCAAAUAUUCUUUUUUCAAAGGAAACAAUUUGUUAUAAUGAACUUAAAUGCAAGACCAGUCUUCAUCUCUACCUGUAUUAAAUCAAGUAACUGUUGUAAUGUAACUGUUAAUUUUUGUAGAGACAAGGACUAAAAUAAAGAUGUGGUAUAAUCUGUG